AUGGUUCCAAGAGCGCCCUCAAGAGAGGCUUUGACCUUGCUCAAGCAUUCUGUACGACCCUCAGUAGUCAUUCGAUCGCAAACACAACGCUGCCUCCUCUCGUCCACUUCGCGUCCUACGCUACCAUCGCACACCCAAUCGUGGGCCACACCCCAGACAGUUCGAAAUACCGCGACCUUCACGCAUUCCCACCAUGCCGAAGCCGUCUCUGUGAUCCCCACGAACGUCGAUACGAGCAAUGCAGACUUCAAAGAAAACAAGCGCCAGAUGGACGAGGCGACCGAGAACCUGGUCAACCUGCACACAAAGAUCGCCCAAGGCGGACCUCAGAAAGCUCGGGAUAAGCACAUACAGCGCGGCAAGAUGCUGGUUAGAGACAGAAUAUCUGCGCUCAUUGACCCGGGCACGCCAUUCCUCGAACUGAGCCAGAUGGCAGGUUACAACAUGUAUGGAGAGGACGAUGUGCCUGCAGGCGGUAUCGUCACUGGCAUUGGCACAGUCAACGGUGUGCAAUGCAUGGUUGUCGCCAAUGACGCUACAGUCAAGGGAGGCACAUACUACCCCGUCACCGUGAAGAAGCAUCUGCGAGCCCAGACGAUCGCUCAAGAAAACCGGUUACCCUGCAUCUACCUCGUCGACUCUGGAGGUGCGAACCUGCCCAACCAAGCAGAUGUGUUCCCGGAUGUCAACCACUUUGGCCGCAUCUUCUACAACCAAGCGCGCAUGUCGGGCAUGGGCAUCCCGCAGAUCAGUGUUGUCAUGGGACCAUGUACGGCGGGUGGUGCGUAUGUGCCUAGCAUGAGCGACGAGAACAUCAUCGUGGAGAAUCAGGGUCAUAUCUUCCUUGCCGGGCCACCGCUCGUCAAGGCAGCGACCGGCGAGGUCGUCUCAGCAGAAGACCUGGGUGGAGGCAAGCUUCACAGCGAGGUCUCUGGUGUUACAGACUACCUCGCAGUUGACGACGCACACGCACUUGUCCUUGCGCGGAGGAGUGUUGGCAACUUGAACUGGCACCGUAACCAGACUGUUACUUCGCAGCCUGCUUUCCUGGAGCCUCUCUACGACCCCCAGGAGCUUUCAGGCAUCGUCGGUACCAAUCUACGUCGUCAAAUCCCCAUUCACGAGAUCAUUGCACGUGUCGUCGAUGGAUCUUCUUUCGACGAGUUCAAGCCAUUGUACGGUUCUACUCUGGUGACUGGUUUUGCGAAGAUAUACGGUCACCCCGUGGGUAUCGUAGCCAACAACGGCAUUCUCUUCAGCGAGAGCUCGCUCAAGGGCGCGCACUUUGUCCAGCUAUGCGGCAAGCGACACAUCCCCCUCAUCUUCCUCCAAAACAUCUCAGGAUUCAUGGUCGGCCAGGACGCCGAGAAGGGCGGUAUCGCAAAGAACGGCGCAAAGCUCGUAACAGCCGUAAGCUGUGUCGACGUACCCAAGUUCACAGUCGUCGUCGGAUCUAGUGCUGGCGCUGGAAACUACGGCAUGUGUGGCCGUGCGUACUCCCCACGACUUAUGUUCACCUGGCCCAACGCAAAGACGUCGGUCAUGGGCGCAGAACAGCUGUCCUCCGUCAUGGAAGCCGUGGGCAAGAAAGUGGAUCCCGCGCUAAAGGCACGGAUCGAGCAUGAGAGUGAGGCCACGUUCGGGUCGGCAAGGCUAUGGGACGAUGGAAUCAUACCGCCGGAACAUACACGGAGGGUGCUUGGCAUGGGCCUGCAGAUGGCGUGCGGCGGACAGAACAAGGGCGUAGAGAAGGAGAGCACUUGGGGUGUGUUUAGGAUGUAA